GUCGAAGUUCGAAGGGCAAUUCCCAGAGAAGAGGCCCGCCAGACCCAGCCCCGCCGCGACCGCGACCCCGCGGAAAAUUCCGGCCGAGUCUUUAUUGGGGGUCUUGGCGACGACGUAACAGAUGAGGUCCUUAAGGAUUUCUUCUCGCGUUUUGGAGAACUGACUUCUGCAAAUGUUAUGGUAGACAGAGAAACAAACAGACCAAGAGGGUUUGGAUUCAUCAUCUACAAGAACCCUGAGGAUGCGGAGAAGGCUCUUGGCAUUCACAAGGACCUGGGGCCGAACGCGGAGGCCAAAAGGGCCCAGCCCAGAACCCAGGGGCCCCGCAUGCGAAUGCUGGCCAUGGGGGGCCCCAUGGGAAUGCCAAGUCCUUACAGAAUGGAGGACCCUCGCUACGCAGUGGCCAGGACAGGCUACGGGGGUGCCGGCGGCGCUCCCGCGCAGCUCUAUGGCGGUUACAAUUAUGCCUAUCACCCUUACUACGCAGCGUACUAUGCUCAAAUGGCUGCGGCCUACGGGGGCGGCGGCUACGGGGGCUACUCGCCGGAGGGCUCUUUGGGUGCGGAGCGCAGCAGCAGCAGAUUGCCGAGCAGCAGAUCGACUCCUUAUUGA